GUUACGAUGUUUUCGAGAGGCGUCCAUUGAGGUUACCACUUGCUCAGGCUUCUGGAGGAACGCUUCCACCACCAAUAGUGACAGUCCGUACUUUCUUCCCAGAGACUUGGAUAUGGGAUCUGAUAGAAAUUGGAGAGACUGGUACCAAGAAUGUGCCCCUCACUGUUCCUGACACCAUCACCACCUGGGAGACGGAGGCUUUCUGUUUGUCCUCUCAGGGUUUUGGUUUAGCUCCUCGUAAAGAGCUCACCGUCUUCCAGCCUUUCUUCCUGGAGCUCAGCCUGCCUUACUCCAUCAUCCGAGGCGAGAACUUUGAGCUGAAGGCGACCGUCUUCAACUACCUGUCCAGCUGCAUCAUGGUCACUGUGACCCCAGCCCCCUCAUCUGAUUUCACACUCUUUCCAAACCCUGAAGAUGAGUUCAGAACAUGUCUGUGUGGUAAUGAGCGCAAAAGCUUCAGAUGGACCCUGACCCCUUCAGUCAUAGGAGAUGUGAUUGUUUCUGCGACUGCUGAGGCUGUGGUGUCCGAUAUCACAUGCAACAAUGAGGUAGUGAGUGUGCCAGAGAGAGGUCGUUCUGACACGGUCUCAAGAACUCUUAAAGUAAAGGCUGAGGGAAUCGAGAAGAUAAAGUCGUCCAACUUGCUGCUGUGUCCAAACGAUGAGACUUUGACGGAGGAAGUAGAGAUACAGCUCCCCGAGGAUGAGAUUGAUGGAUCUGGACGUUCUCUUGUAUCAGUCCUGGGUGACAUCAUGGGCAGAGCCCUGAAGAACCUGGACGGUCUGCUGCGGAUGCCAUAUGGUUGCGCUGAGCAGAACAUGGCGGUUCUGGCCCCCAACAUCUACAUCCUCCAAUACCUGGAAGACACAAAACAGUUGACCCCAGACAUCGAGGCAAAGGGUACCAACUUUCUGACCAGCGGUUACCAGAGACAGCUGAACUACAAAAAUAACGACGGCGCUUUCAGCACAUUUGGAUCAGGAGGAUCAGGAAACACCUGGCUGACCGCCUUCACGAUGAGAUCUUUUGUCAAGGCUCAGAAUUUCAUCUUUAUCGAUCCGAAAGUUAUCAACGAUGCUAUGAUCUGGCUAACAAACAGUCAAAAGGGCAGUGGCAAUUUUAAAUUGAUGGGAAAAUUCUUCAACAACCACAUAAAGGGCGGUGUGUCUGAUGAAGUGAUAAUCACUGCUUACAUCACGGCUGCCUUCUUGGAGAUGAACCCGACUGUGACUGAAACUGUCACUAAGAGCCUCUCGUGCCUGAAAAAGACGAUCGAUAACGUCGCAAACACCUACGCUACAGCUCUGCAGGCGUAUGUCUUCACUCUGGCGGGAGACAUGGAAACCAGUAACAAACUUUUGAGUCACCUUGACAGUGUGGCGAUAAAAGAAGGAGGUUUCACCCACUGGGCUCAGACAGCGACAAACAGAUAUUUGUCUGUAUCUGUGGAGAUGACCUCCUACGUGCUGCUCGCCCUACUGUCGCCAUACUCGCUUCCUGCUGCCCCUCCUUCCCCCGAAGCACUGGGCUACGCCAGCGGCAUCGUCAGAUGGCUGACCAGGCAGCAAAAGUAUUAUGGAGGCUUCUCCUCCACGCAGGACACAGUGGUGGCCCUUCAGGCUCUCGCUCUCUACUCCACCCUGGUGUUCAAUCCUGAAGGUUCGAGCACAGUGAUUGUCAAGUUUUCUGAUGAGGAGAUUGAUUUUGAAGUGGACCAGGACAACAAGCUGGUCUACCAGGAGCAGCUGGUGAUGGACCAGACAGGAAAGUACACAGUGGAGGUGGAGGGCAAUGCAUGUGUCUCAGUGCAGAUUUCUUAUCACUACAACGUCCCGCCUACUCCCAUAGCAACAACACUUGACGUGGAGGUCAGUACGAAGGCUGAGUGCAGCAGCUCAUCUACCAGACCUACGAUGACUCUGACUUUGAAGAUUGUAUAUACGGGAAAACGAGAAACUACAAACAUGGUGAUCGUGGAUAUCAAAAUGCUCUCUGGAUUUGUCCCAGACGAAAAGUCUUUGAAGGAGCUUAAAGGUGAAGCACAAGUGGAGCGUAUUGAACACGAGGAUGACCAUGUUGUGGUGUACAUAAAAGAGUUAUCAAAGGACAUCCCCAUCCAAUAUGACCUGGAGCUCAGACAGGAGCUUCCAGUGUCGGACCUGAAGCCAGCUGUGGUCAAAAUCUAUGACUACUACCAGCAAAGUAAACCAGAUACUUUCUCUGCACUAGACAUCAUUUACAGAGACCACUACUCACUUUAACAAACCCUGCUCCCUUUAGAGAUGUACACCACCUGAAAAGUGAAAAUACUUUUCAGACAAAACACAAA